AUGUCUCAGCCCGACGAUGGAUGUGCUGGGCAGGAGUCGCUCACUUCCUCCCCGGACAGCAGCUCGGAUGACCCGGAGAUGCUGGUGGCAGCGGAGACGUUUGCCCGGGGCUAUGACUGUGUCUCCAUCUCAUCCUACCCUGGAGAGCGGCUGAUACAGGGGCAGGAGGAUACAGCGUCCCUGGUGUCUACAGCAACUCUGGUGCCUGAGUGUAUCUACAUUCCACCUUCUGGGUACCAACUGAUGUCUGACCAAGAGCUUGCGCAGCAGAGGGGGGCCCUGAAAAGUACCACUGAGCGCCUAGACAGGGUGACGCAGGAGAAGGAGACCCUGCAGGAGGCGCUACGCUGCAGCUCAGAGGACUGCGCUAACCAGGUGAAGCAGCUGCUGGAUCAGAUAAAGAGUUCCGAAGAGAUUUUGCUGAGCCUUCAGAGGAACCUGUCCGACACCCAGCAGAAGACUGCAAGGAAAAUGGCAGCUCUGACAGCCUCCUUUAGUCGCUUGUGCCAGGAAGUGAAUUCUCUCAAUGACGAGAAUGAGAAGCUGAGAUCGCUAAGCUCGGAGGUGGUCCCUGUUGGACAGGGUGUGCAACUGUCUUCUCAGCAGAGAACAGAGCAGCACAGGCAGGAGCGCCUAUGUAUUGAGAUUGUCAGUCUGCAGGAAGAGCUAAAAGCCGAACAAGAGGCCAAGAAGGACCUGGAGGAGCAGAUGAGGAGACUGGAGGAGACGCAGACUGAGGACAGGGGUGAGAGAGGACGCGACACUCUCCAGCCUGAGGACGGAGAUGGACCGGAUCCAGCAGGACAGGAAACAGACAGAGCUGCAGUUGCAGGAGUCAGAAACCCAGGUUCAGAAGCUGUGGGAGUCUCUGGGUGAACAGGAGAAACUUCUUCAGAAGGAGAAGGAGGAGAAGGCUUCUCUUGAGCAAGCAAUGAGCGAGGAGAAGAACAAGACCACCAGACUGCAGACUGAACUGAACACCAGCGAGGAAGUGCAAAGGGACUUUGUGCGGCUAUCCCAGAAACUGCAGGUCAGCCUGGAGAAAAUCCGACAGGCUACUACAAUAAAGGAUGUGCAAGAAAUUUUAGAAGGCACCCGGCUCACCGAUGUCAGCUCGUCAAGUGACACCUGA